AGAAAGCACUACUAUAGGACGUUUUCUGUCUAUAUAAGAAGAUUUGCAAUCGUAAAAGUAGAUGAUAAAGGUUUAUAGUGAAUGAGAAAAACAAGAGAAGAGUAACCCAUUUUCCAUUUAUUCUUUUGGGUUUAAGAAAUAAUAGUCAUAUGCAAAGUGAUCAUGGGUUUAUUUCCAAUCGAUAAGAGUUUACUUCGAGCAGGAGAUCACGUUUACGGCUACAGAAACACGCACGUCUACACCCACCACGGAAUAUAUGUUGGAGAUGAUAGAGUGAUUCAUUUCACAAGCCCUGACUUCUCCAAAUCACCAAACCAUGUCACCAGCUGCGGAGACUGCAACUACGCUCCAACGAAGGACCGAGGAGUGGUCAAGUCCUGCCUUGACUGCUUCCUCAACGGCCACAGUCUCUAUCUCUUCGACUAUGGUGUCUCAUCUUCGAGGUUUUUCUUCAAUAGAUCAGGAACAUGCUCCACCGGCUCAUGCAUCUACUCCCCAGACGACGUCGUCCGACGCGCCGCCGAUAUCUUAAACACCGACGAGGGUUUCGGUGAUUACGACUUUUCUACGAACAAUUGUGAGACCUUCGCAGUGUACUGCAAGACUGGCAAACGUGUAAGCUUGCAAAUCUUUUCUUGGAAAAAUAAAGGAAAGACUGCGUUUGAAGAUAUGACUCGUCAGCCCCUUUCUGUGAAGAACACGGCUAAAACUGUGUUUAAUGUGCUUGUGAAACAGAAGAUUGAUACGCUUCGAUAUGAUAUAAGAAUGCAUCAACAAGAAUCUAAUGGUGCAGACGAAGAUCAACAAGAAAAAAAGGAUGAUGAUGAUGGUGACAAGAUUCGAAGCGUACCUUUUCUACCUCUGUUCAACCCGUUACCUUGUCAGAUGCCUUACAUGCUCCCUCUAUUUCUCAUAAUCUUAUUAGUGUUGCCCAUUUAUGCAAAGAUAGUUCUCAUAUUCUUAUUAGUGUUGUCCGUUUAUGCAAAGAUAAUCAUGUCAAACAUCAUCACGAUACUCAGAAAGUUCUUCACGGCCACCUAGUUGAUGGUCUCUAUCGACUGUCUCUCCCCACAUCAUCAACCCUUCUCUCCGUCACCGUCCAAUUCUGUCUCUCCUCGACUCUUUCUCGCAAGACCUCUUUGUUGAAAUAUUAAACUUGAUUUAUUAUUGUUAGUUUCUAGAAUUUGCAUGAAUUUGGAGUUUCUAGAGUUUCCAUGUAUUUACUAUAGUUUCUAGCUAGUGUCUUUGUGUGUAUUUACUAGAAGUUGUUGGGUUUUUAGCAUUCUAGAACUCCACUUUCUUAAUUAGGAUAUGAGAAUUAUCUAGAAUAUUCUGCUAGCUAAUAAAUUGGACUUGGUCAUUGUUCCUCUGUGAUCACUAAUCAAGUGUUGUGUACACAUGGAUCUUUGGGCAGCUUCCCCAUGGUCUCUAUUAAUGGGUAUAAAUAUUUUCUUCUGCUUA